GGAGUCCGUUACAAAGGCAGUGCCAGCGUAUUUGUCAGUGUACUGUCGCAAAUGCUUUUGUACUCCAGAGACCUAUGUCAUUACGCCAUUCACCAUGACAGGGAAACUCAUGAGCUUGUGUUUGCUCCAAACCCUUUUCCAGCUGUCCCUCUCACUAACGGAUCCCAGUCCUGUGGUGUCGGUGAGGAAUGGGACUCUUCGGGGUGCCUCCAUGACUGUGAAAGGCUCCAAUAAGCAGGUGCAGCAGUAUUUGGGGAUCCCCUUUGCACGACCCCCUCUGGGCCCCCUGCGUCUGUCUGCCCCCCAGCCUGCAGAGUCCUGGGAGGGAGAGAGAGACGCCACCCAGCAGCCGCCCAUGUGUCCUCAGCCUAUAGCUUUUGUCACCCACAUAGCCAAAGUCAUGGCAAACAAGUUUGCCCUGCCUGGGCUGUCAGAGGACUGCUUAUACCUCAACGUGUAUACUCCUCCUACUAAUCCCUGCACUGGGAAAAAGCUGCCAGUCAUGGUGUGGAUUCAUGGAGGUGCUCUGUAUUUGGGAGGAGCUGCCCAGUUUGAUGGCUCUGUGCUGGCAGCUUAUCAAGAUGUUGUCGUGGUAAUCAUUCAGUAUCGCCUUGGGAUUUUGGGCUACUUCAGCACUGGAGACACGAAUGCUCAGGGAAACUGGGGCUUCCUUGACCAGAUAGCUGCUCUCCAGUGGGUGCAGGAGAACAUCGAGAGCUUUGGAGGAGACCCCAACUCUGUCACCAUCGCUGGACAGUCAGCUGGAGGGAUCAGUGCAUCUAUACUACUCCUGUCUCCCCUGGCAAAAGGAUUGUUCCAUAGAGCGAUCUUUCAGAGUGGAGCAUCAACACUGGAGACUUACUCUACCAAGACCCCAAUGGUUUUUGCUGAGAUGGUGGCAACUGCAACAGGAUGCACCUCCAACUCAACUGAACUCCUUGUGCAAUGCAUUAGGGAUAAGUCUGUAGAGGAACUCAUCAAUGCCACCCUUACAACUAGAAUAUUCCGGGGUGCAACUGUUGAUGGCGAGUUUUUGACCGCAUUGCCAGAGGACAUUUUAAAGGAGAAAGACUUUCAUAAAGUUCCAGUAAUUGUCGGUGUGACCAACCAUGAGUUUGGAUGGCUGCUGCCAUUUGGUGUUGUAGCAUAUGGAUGGGAGAAAGGUAUGGACAGAGCAACCGUGAUGAAAGAAUUAGCAAUCCAUCUGCCGCCUACCAUGCCCGUGGAGACCAAGGAGCUAGUUGUGGAUGAAUACUUUAAGGAUGCACACACACCACAGGAAAUGCGUGAUCAGUUCACUGAAAUAGUGGGGGACUACUGGAUGGUGGUUCCAGCUAUUAAGGAGGCUAGAUAUUACCUAGAUGUGGGGGCAUCAGUGUACAUGUAUGAGUUUCAGCACCGGCCAGAGGCCUACGAGUACACCAGACCCAGCUUUGUGAGGGCCGACCACUCAGACGAGCUCAUGUUUAUCUUUGGCGCCUGCUUCUGGGAUGGACACAUCAAAGUCACAGGAAAGAUCACAGAGGAGGAAAACAGGCUGUGCAAAACUAUGAUGGCUUACUGGGCUAACUUCAUGCGCACAGGCUCUCCAAAUGGGCCUGGCCUGGUGCACUGGCCUAUCUAUGAUGCCUGCAACAAGUACCUGAACCUGGACCUGCAGCAGAGUGAGGGGCGGGACCUGAAGAAGGACAGAGUGCAGUUCUUCCAGAAGCUUGCUGCAAAGAAAACACAACUGCAAGAGCAAGACCAAUAGUAAUGACAGUGCCAGUCCUAGAUGCAGACGGUAUUCCAGAGUGCACAUGAAGACAUUUUAAUAGCACAUACUCACUGUGAGAUCAGUACGACACUACAGUACAAAGUGUCACAGAAAACAAGUCACCAAUUAAUCAUGAGCUACUGGUGAAGGCCUACAUGAUCAACCACACACAAAUUGUUUUGAAAUUACUCAUGUCAAUGUAAAACAUUUCUAUAGCUGUAUUGCACCCAGCAUAAGCCUCUAAUAACAGCUGUCAUAAGCAAACAUGAUUCAAAGUCCUAGAAAUGAAUUACUUGGUCCCUGCAUUUCAAGGACCAAAUUAAAGAUAACAUCACUGUUUUCAGGAUGGGGCUGUGUGAUUAUUAUGAAUACACAUUAUAUGCUCUCUCUACUUUGGCAGUGAUAUAUACAUAUAUAUAUAUAUAUCAUACUCAUUUAAGGGCAGCAUCUUUAAUCUAUUCAGUGUUUGUGUAAUAACAUUCAUUUAAAAUCUUUUCAUUCAUAACUGAAAUGUCAUUAAAUAUGUAC